CGCAGUGUUUUGUUGAUGGUGGAUGUCAGAUAGCGCUGGACAAACAUCUCAGUCGCUGCUUGUUGGCACAACUGUGGAUUCAUUUUGCGUCAAAAAACGAAGUGUAACGAACUACACUGCCAUAACAUUAUCUCGUUGUUUUUGGUCAUCCACCGUGUUUACCUUGUUAAAGACUGAAAGCUAAUGCUAGCUAGUGAAAGCUAGCGCACCAACAAAGCAGGCGUUUGUGAUGUUAGCUCCGAUCUACAUAAUACGUAUUGUCACAUCUAUCCGAAAUAGAUGGCUAACCUCGGCUAACAUAGCGACUUUCUGUGUUUGUUAGUCAUCGUAACGUUUACCUGACAUAAAACGUUACCUGGACAUUUGAUAUUCAUUCGGCGAAUUUUGAUGACUUGGACUGUCACUGUCACCUCCGGCAUCGCCACCAAAAAGCCAUGCUAUGAUGGUACUUCGGCGGUUAUUGAGAAAGCGCUGGGUGCUUGGAGUAGUCUUCGGGUUGUCUCUCAUCUACUUUCUCACCAGCACACUCAAACAGGAGGAAAGGACCAUGCGGGACCGCACACUUUUAGAGGUUAGAGACCCAGAUCAUCGCAUCCCCUGGAAAGUUCGUUUCAACCUGGGCAACAGCAGUCGACAGAUUACUCAGUGCAGAAACUCCAUCCAGGGCAAGACACUGAUCACAGAUGAACUUGGCUAUGUCUGCGAGAGGAAAGAUUUGCUGGUUAACAGCUGCUGUAACGUCAACGCUCCCAGCACAAGACAGUACAUUUGUAAAAGCUGCCUGGCCAAUGGCUGCUGCAGCAUCUACGAGUAUUGCGUGUCUUGCUGCCUCCAACCUGAUAAGCAACCUCUCCUCGAGCACUUCCUUAACCGUGCUGCGGAAGGUUUCCAGAAUCUCUUCACUGCUGUGGAGGAUCAUUUUGAGCUGUGCCUGGCCAAGUGUAGAACGUCAUCACAAAGUGUUCAACAUGAGAACACAUAUCGGAACCCUCAAGCAAAGUACUGCUACGGAGAGAGUCCUCCAGAGCUACUUCCUGUAUGAGCAUCCUCUUACAGGAAGUAUGAGGAUGCACAGGAAAAGCAGUAGGACACUAAAAUUUCCUGGCUGGACAGAAAAUCUGUCCACCUUAAGGGUGCUUGGAGCCGAGACUCUACAAGUGAACUGCUGCGUUGGACAGUUUUACAUAACAGUGGCAAAGAAAAGAAGACAUCGUAGAACAAGUUGGACAAAAAAAACCAUGGACAAAUAUCAUAUGUGAUUUGAUUAUUUACACUUCAUAAGUGCAUAUUACGUGUCAUACAUUCAUCCGUGAUGAUCAUCAGGUCUACAUCGUAGGCAGCUCAUCCAUCAGGUUUCACCUCUCACUAAAAUAGGCUUCAUUAUAAAAGGAAAGAAUAGCUGUUCAGUUUUUGGUUUUGGUCAGUGAAUACUUCAAAAACAGCAAAGAAUGUGUCAGUACUCUGUGUAUAGUGCAUGCAUAUGAAACAAUUAUUUAAUAAAAGUAACUGUGAAACAAAA